CGACGAAAAAGUCUGCAUUUGUGCUUGUGUAUUUCUUUUUUAUGCUCCAAAAAAAAGUCAGUGUAAAAAAAGACAGACCUUUUCAGGCUUUUCUUCAAAGAUUUGCUCAUUCUGCACGAUCAUAAUUGCAGAUCUGGACCAUAUACACGUUUAUGACUGAAUUGUAAUGGGAGAUGGCGGCACCAGAAACUCAGCUCAUGCUAAGCAUUGGAUUAAUUGAGAAAGACGUGAAUGCAGACACCUUGUGGGUGUGGUGCUAUCCCUCAGUCAGUGCUGAGCUCCGGGAGGUACUGCUCAGUAAGUGCUGUCUCACACAGGACAGCCAGGGCCUGAACACCUUUGUGUUCGGCCAGUUCUGCCGUACCUGGUACUACAUAUCCACUGUAGAGGUACAGGAACCCACCGCCCUAAAGAAGGUCACACAUUUUUCAUUAGUUGUCACAGCAAAGGACUUCAACCCUGAGAAGUAUGCAGCAUUCAGUCGAGUACUAUGCAGAAUGUACAUCAAACAUGGGAGCCCAGUGAAAAUGGUGGAGGGUUACAUUGCAGUCCUCACCAAAGGCAUCUGCCAGAGUGAUGAGAAUGGCUCCUUUCUCAUCAAGGACUACGAUGUCAGGAAGGCCUACUUAGCAGGCUCAGUGAAAGAUGUGGUGUCCCAGUUUGGGAUGGAGACCAUCAUCCUGUACACAGCCCUUAUGCUAAAGAAGAGGAUUGUGGUCCAUCACCCUCGGAUUGAAGCACUGUUGGAGUUCACAAGAGCUCUUCCAGCUCUGACAUGGCACAGGAAAGACUGGUCCAUUCUGCACCCUUAUGUCCACCUGACUGACAGUGAGCUGGAGAAUCUCAGGACAUGCACUGGAUAUGUGGCAGGAUUUGUUGACCCACAAGUGAGCAACAGACCGGACUUGUUUGAUGUGUAUGUAAACCUCCCAGAUACUGAGAUUACCGUAUCCCAGAGUGCCAAAGAUGCCAUGGCUAUGGGAAAGUUGCACAAAGACAUUGGCCUCGUCAUUGUCCAGUCUGCAGAGGAUGCUGAUAGAACAGAUGGGCAGGUUAUCAAGGACAUUUCCAUAAAGACGAGGGAGAUCCUUGCUAACCUGGCGUCCUUAGCUGAGGACUGUGAGAACUCUAAAAUCACCCUGGAGACCUUAAAGCAGCGUCACUUCCCGCCUGCUACCGAAAACUUCUUGUUCCACUUGGCAGCUGCUGAGCAGCUUCUCAAGAUAUGACCCUUGACCUCCUACAUCAUCUGGUGUGAGGUCACUCUGAAUAUUAGCAUGGGUAUUCAUCUAUGUAAUUAUACAUACAGUGCAUUCAGAAAGGAUUCAGACCCCUUGACUUUUUCCACAUUUUGUUACAUUACAGCCUUAUUCUAAAAUGUAUCAAAUAGUUUAUGUAUAAAAAAAAAACUGAUAUCACAUUUACAUAAGUAUUCUGACCCUUUACUCAGUACUUUAGCAGCGAUUACAGCCUCGCGUCUUCUUGGGUAUGACGCUACAAGCUUGGCACCUGUAUUUGGGGAGUUUCUCCCAUUCUUCUCUGCAGAUACUCUCAAGCUCUGUCAGGUUGGAUGGGGAGUGUCACUGCACAGAUAUUUUCAGGUCUCUUCAGAGAUGUUCAAUCGGGUUCAAGACCGGGCUCUGACUGGGCCACUCCAGGAAAUUCAGAGACUUGUCCCGAAGCCACUUCUGCAUUGGCUUGGCUGUGUGCUUAGGGUCAUUGUCCUGUUGAAAGGUGAACUUUCACCCUAGUCUGAGGUCCUGCGCGCUCUGGAUCAGGUUUUCAUCAAGGAUCUCUCUGUACUUUGCUCCGUUCAUCUUUCCCUUGAUCCUGACUUGUCUCACCGUCCCUGCCUCAGAAAAACAUCGCCACAGCAUGAUGCUGCCACCACCAUGCUUCACCGUAGGGAUGGUACCAGGUUUCCUCCAGACGCGACGCUUUGCAUUCAGGCGAAAGAGUUCAAUCUUGGUUUCAUCAGACCAGAGAAUCUUGUUUUUCAUGGCCUGAGAGACUGUAGGUGCCUUUUACUCAGGUGGCUUCCAUCAGGCGACUCUACCAUAAAGGCCUGAUUGGUGGAGUGCUGAAGAGCUUGUGGUCCUUCUGGAAGGUUCUCCCAUCUCCACAGAGGAACUUUGGAGCUCCCUGAGUGAUCAUCGGGUUCUUGGUCAUCUCACUCCCCUGAUUGCUCAGUUUGGCCGGGCGGACAGCACUAGGGAAGAGUCUUGAUGGUUCCAAACGUCUUCCCUUUAAGAAUAAUUGAGGCAACUGUGAUCUUGGGGACCUUCAAUUCUGCAGACAUUCUUUGGUACCCUUUCCCCCAGAUCUGUGCCUCAACUAAAUUCUGUCUCGGGGGCUCUAUGGACAAUUCUUUUGACCUCAUGCCUUGGUUUAUCCUCUGACAUGCACUGUCAAAUGUGGUACCUUAUAGACAGGUGUGUGCCUUACCAAAUCAUGUCCAAUCAAUUGAAUUUACCACAGAUGGACUCCAAUCAAUUUGUAGAAACAUCUCAAGGAUGAUCAAUGGAAACAACAGGAUGCACAUGAGCUCAAUGCCGAGUCUCAUAGCAAAGGGUCUGAAUACUUAUUUACACAAGGUAUUUCUGCUUUUUAUUACAUAUACAUUUGCAAACAUUUAAAAAUAUAUAUGUUUUGUCUUUGUGGAGUAUUGUGUGUAGACUGAGGAACAUUUAACAAUUUUAGAAUAAAGGCUGUAACAUAAAACAUGGAAAAAGACAAGGGGUCUGAAUACUUUCCAAAUGCACUGUUGCAGUAAGAAAGAACCGUGCACGUGCAUUCAAAGUUUUGAUUUGGUUUGUGGGGACAACAGUAGCCAAAAUGCAAAAAUGUACUUUUAUACUUCACAAUUAGUAUAAUGUGCUGUAGCUACCUGCUAUAGCUGUUUGAUGUCAAUUUCAUCAAAUUCAGUUGUUGUAUGGCAGCUUAGUUUGAUGAGUGGCCAAGUUUCAUACAUUUUGUCCACAUAUUGAUGCAUAUUGUGGAAGUUGAAACCACAAAUAUGCCACAGUGGCAUUUUAAUGGUUAAGGUGAAUGGGAAACACUCAGGUGUUAUGUAUCACACACUAUUGCAUUCCUGACUCUUAACAAUACUAAAAGUCUACUUGUCAUUAUCUGUGACAGAAAAAAAUAAUUGAUAAACAUUUUCUUUAUUGUAAAGUAUUGUCUUGACAAUAAUACAAUAACAAAUACCUAAAAUAUCGGUGCUAUGGGCAAUAUGUGAAAUAGGGCUAAUCCAUUGAACACUGGCGAGGUACGUGUUUGGUUGUAGUUACUUUGUCUUACUGUUAUAUGAACAUGGUUGUCUUGUUCCCCAGGUGCAGAAUGUAUUGGCUGGGAAUAUAAGCACUGCGGUGUCUCAAACUGUCAAAUAAAUCACGUAGCCCUAGCAUUACAUAGUUCAGGAAUCCAAGUUUAUUUUAAGACUUAACAGAAUAAUUUGAGGUCUCAAGAACCAUGAUUUAUCCUCUUAGAUUUCAGAAUUAAAGUAAGAGAUGCAUGGCAAAUGAGAAAUAUGUAGUUUGUCAUUUUAAAAUCAUUUAUCUUAACAAUGUGUUGUCGAUUCUUAUUAAUGAAUAAAGUGCCAAAAUGGAACUAAUAUCUUUGGGUAAUGCAAUAUAAGGAAUCACUCAUGUUUGGGUGUUGCUCAGACGAGAGGGAGAACAGAUAGCAUUUUUCUAACCUUGUGUCCUCAGUUUGAUAAGCAGGAGACCGAUUGCCAAGGGUGGAGGCAUAACGGAUAUGUGUCCUCCCUGGAAAGCUGUCAGCUAUUGUUAGUUACUGGAGCAAUUUCUUUGGUUUUGUAUAUGACCAUUAUGUCAAAUGUUGCAUACCUAUUUGUUACUGUAAUAUGACAUUGUUAUUGAUAUUUUGAAAACAAUGUAAUUUAUUGUUUCACUUCUUGGGCAAUUCUACCCUUGUUCUCAAAGGCUCGUCUUUGUGCCCGAAUAGAUUCAAUGAGACACUAACGUUGCGUGCACUACGCAUGUCCUCAUCUAGGUUUUAGGAGAGAUUCAACUAAUCUAUUUGAAAUUUCUGGAAUAUCCUACUUCUAAAAAUACAUGUAAGUAUCUGUGCUGUCAAGAAAAUCCACACUUUAAAAAAAUGAAAAUGUACAUGUCAAUUUAACUAAACUAAUAGAGUAAUAUGAUUUGCUUUUGUAAGAUCAAACUUGUAAACCAAAUCACUAAACUUGAAACGUGAACAGCUGUACGAGGAAGGGCAUUGUUAAACUCAUGAUUACAAUGAAUUUGCAGUGCAUUGUUAAUUUACAUCCACUUACAAGUUGCAGCUAUUAAAUUCAACUGAAUCGAAA